AUGGAAGCAGUCCAGGAGUCCAAAGCCUCAACCUUCAAAGCCGACCAUGGAGACCCAUCUGUUUAUGACGCCGAGAUGGCGAAAGGCGAAGUGGGCAUCGCAGACCAGCUUGAGAUGCCCAUGAAGCGCAAGUUCAACAUCCUCAGCAUCGUCGCCGUGGGCUACAACAUCUCAAACAGCUGGGUUGCUAUUGCCGCCAGCUUUGCCAUUGCCAUCCAGUCGGGCGGUGCCUUGUCUCUCCUUUACGGCAUCAUUGUUGUUACCUUUGCCAUGCUCUGCACGGGCGUGACGUUGGCUGAACUGGCCAGUGUCUAUCCCACCGCCGGUGGACAGUACCACUUCACCUCCAUCUUGGCCUCUCGCCGAUGGAGUCGAGGCUUGUCAUACCUCAGUGGCCUCGCGGCUAUAUUCUCAUGGAUCUGCCUGGGGGCGUCCAUCGGCUUGUCUGGCGUGAACGCUUUGAUGGCAAUCAUCAUUCGCUGGCAACCGGGGUAUCAGCCUCAGUCGUGGCAUUACUUUCUUGUCUACCAGCUGUUCAAUAUACUCGUGGUCCUUUACAAUACUUUCUUGGUUAACAGAACGCUCUGGAUGUACAAUAUUGGAUUCGCCCUCUCGAUAUCCACAUUUAUUGUCAUUACAGUUGCCUGUCCCGCUCGCUCGGACGUGCAAAUCGACUCGAACGAAGUCUGGGGCAUACUCACCAACGGGUCCGGUGGCUGGCCGGACGGCAUCUCAUUCCUCACCGGCCUCUCAACACCCCAGUUCAUGCUCUCCGGACUCGACGCAACCCUCCAUCUUGCAGAAGAGUGUCUUGACCCCGAACACGUCGUGCCAAAGGCUGUGCUGGUCACCGUCCUCGUGGGAUUCCUGACGGCGUUUCCCUUCGCCAUCGGCAUCAUCUACAGCUACCGUAACGUUGCGGAGUCGUUGUCCACCAACACUGGAUUCCCCAUCUACUACAUCUGGGAAAAAGCCACUCACUCCCCCGCCGCCGCAACCGUCUUCAUGGCCUCGCUAUUUGUCGUUUCCUGCGUUGCCUUCAACGCCGUCCACCAAACAGCCUCCCGCCUUACCUGGUCCUUUGCUCGCGACGAUGCCCUGUUCUACUCGAAGAAGCUCUCGUCCAUCCAUCCCACCCUCGGCGUCCCAGUCUACGCACUGAUCCUCGACGGCGUCCUCGUCUUCCUCGUGGGGAUUGUAUACGUGUGCUCAUCAACCGCAUUCAACUCCUUCAUCAGCACCACCGUGAUCGUCGCCCAAAUCUCCUUCGCCAUCCCCGCCGUCCUUCUCAUCCUCCGCCGCCGGUCAACGCACUUCCUACCGGAAUCUCGACCCUUCAGAGUCUCUAAUGUACUGGGCUAUGUUUGCAACGUCGUGUGCAUUAUCUGGGCACUUAUCUUGACUGUCUUCUUUUGCUUCCCUACUGUGCUUCCCGUAACGGGCGGGAAUAUGAAUUAUGCAUCUGUCGUUCUAGCCGUAAUGCUGAUCGUCGGCGUCGCGAACUGGUUUGCGUAUGCAAGGGGCCAUUAUCAUGGGCCUAGGUUGGAGAUGUAG